GCAGGAAGGACGAAGAAAAAAAGUUGCACCCGGCCCUGGGCUCACAACGCUAGCUUCCCGUCCUGGAAUCCUCUCUUUUUCUUUGCCCUUUCCGCAGCCGCCCGCCACCAUGCCCUGCUUCAAGGGCAUCGCGGUCAGCAUCCACGCGAACGGCCCUGUUCCCGAGCAUGGAGUUGUCAAGCAAUCGCGGGUCUCGAGGGUCACUUCCUACAUACCUGUGCCCGAGCCGACCCUGAACACCGACACGGGCGCUCAAGAACCCGCCAAGUUCGCCAUCUCCAUCACCCUGCUCACAAAGGGCCUGGCGAUCCCGUACUCGACCCCGCCCGCAACCGAAGACAACCCCAACCCGAAACCUCGCCUGGUCGGCGCCCCCGGCCAGCACGGCACCGUCCACCCCUACAUGCCCUUGACCGCGUCCGAGAAUGAGACGAUAGCGGCCUAUAUCUACUUCGACGGACGGGCCAAGGAGGAGGUCGCUACCCUGCUCCGGCCCGGAGAGGAGACGUGGGUCAACAGUCGAUGGGUCCAGGUGCCCGAGGCGGAGGGCGGCGGUCUCGCCGAGCGCGAGUUCCUGUUCCGGGAGGUCGCCCUGGAGAGGUGGCUGAACGGCCUCGACCUCAAGGGCCACGACGCCGCCGACAAGCUGGAGAAGCGCAGGCUAAAGUAUGAGAAGAGGCAGCGCCGCCAGGAGAAGGUCGCCAACGGCAACCCCUCACCCAUGGACUCAGGAUCCGACAACGAUGACUCCACCUCCUCGGACGACGAGAUCCCCGAGUCCACGGGCCAGAUAAAGGUGGCCAUGUUCCGCGUCCUCGCCUCGGGCGAGAUCAAGAAGGGGGAGUACUCGCCCCAAUUUGACGCCCACGAUGACGACGACGACGAGUCGGGUGCGGGCCAGAACCGGGGGUCUGGCGCCGUCGGGGCGGAUGUCGAACACACCACCAGCUUUGCGAAGCCCAAAACCCUCGAUCCCAAGACCAUCAGUACCCAGACGGUCACAGGCAUUGACGGUCCCGAAAAGCCCUAUGCCACAUUCACAUUCUUCUACCGUGGAAAACGCCAACUGGAAAAAAUGGGUGUCAUUCCCUCGUCCAGAACACAGGCAACGCCCUCAAGCAACGUCAAGCGGCGGUCCGCCCAGAUAGAGCUUCCGAAGCUCGGCCCUCUCAAGACAACCGGCACGGUGGGCUUUUCGACAUUCCGUGAUAACAAUGCGGACACGGACCGCCGGAGGAAAUCUCGGAAGAAGUCUAUUGCUGGGAGCCCUGGCGCAAUGACUAUGGAGCCUGAUACGGACAGCGAGGACGAGGACCUAGUGAAAAAGAUGGAGGAUAUCGACGACAAGGAGACAGGUCCGUCCCGUGGCAAUCUCAGCCCCGAGGAGGCCAAAUUCUCUGGCGAGCUGGCUGAUGGGGUUGAGCGCAUCCACCUCAAGAGAGGACGGUCGGCAGACCCAGACAGCGUUACAGCGUCAGUGUCACCGCAAAAGUCACCUAGGGCGAGCCCGCCCGCCGAUAAAUCUACCCCGAAGGCGCUCGGAGAAGCCAUGUCACCAGUUCAAUCAUCGGGCACUGGAUUCGGCGGUCCUCUCUUUGGAGGCAAUAGUGUGCCUGAGGAUUCGACCAUCGGCAGCCCCCUCAAGAAACACCGCGUCAGCGUCCAUGACGACGAGAAAUUCACUCAGGCUGUGGGCCUAGGAAGCAUCCUCGCCCAGGUCCAGGCCGGUCAAAUCCCUCAGACCCCGCAACAACCAUCGCACAUCAAGGAGGAGGAGGAAGAGCUAUGAUAGCUGUUUCAUCCUCCGACUUCGGCCCGGAGCAAAGGAACAGCAACAGGGGGGAUCAAACAAAAAAAACACCUCAAUGUCAGAGCUACAAAAAAUGGGGAAAAAAUAAAAGAGAAAAAAAAGAACAAAAAAGAACAACCCCUCUUCAAAUCUCCGCCGCUGACAGUUAGUCGCUUUGGCUUCUAGCCGCCAUAUGGAGCGCUAGUUUUCUGUCCCCUAGGCUUGGCAGAAGCUGAGUGGUUUGGAUGGUGAUAUAUAUGAUUCUGGGCUACGCCCUGCCAGGUCUGGGUACCGGGGGGGUUUCUUGUUUUACGACACCUGUCACACCGUACCGCAUUUCAGAGGUACCGACAGGCGCCCAACCGACUGGUGUACUUGUCUGGUUUGGAGCGGCGAGACUUCAAGAGCGUCUCAGCAACCGUUCCACAAGCCAGAAAAAGGGCCAAAGACUUAAUGAGGGUAUGACGAUUGGAAUUCGUUGUCUUGUUGGAUGCUCCGGAUAGAGGCCGAGGAAAUGGGUGGUUCUUGUCCAUCGUGGGCGGGCGAGGUGACGAUAGUAUACCGUCCAUCUCACUCUUGGACCCUUGGGAAUUGGCGAGGUUCGAUGGAGUAUCAUCUCCUCUGUAACCACCAAGACGUGUAGAUAAUCGUGGCGGCUUUUCCAAGCCAACCAACCAUAGUUGACGAGCUGCCAGAGAACAAACAGCGACAGGCGUUGUUAACACAGGGGUUAUCGCAUCUACACAUGGUCAUGGAUUACCAAGACCUCCCACAACUCUACGUCCAGGUCCCCCGUUCGGGUAUCGGGCUGCACAUGUCACAUACAGCCCGACUGGGUCAG